UAUAAUUUACACUAUAUGAAACAGCAUUUGCAGAUAGUAAAAGUAUUUGCUAUUAACUUGAACUUUAAUUUGCUAUUAACUUUAAAUUUGAACUUUAAUUUUGUCAAGUUUUUCCCGCGCAAAUUUGAAAUCGUCACCAUUAGAUGCGUUCAUUUCCUUUCGGCUAACUUUCUUCGCGACACUGUGCGAAAAUUACAAGCGUGUGGAGCUACCUUUUUCCGGUUCUCGACAGGAGCGUUCGCUGGUUUUCUCUGCUUGUUCAAAAUGGCGAAACGUACAAAGAAGGUCGGAAUCACCGGUAAAUAUGGCACCCGUUAUGGUGCCUCCCUUAGAAAAAUGGUGAAAAAAAUGGAAAUCACCCAACACAGCAAGUACACUUGCUCAUUUUGUGGUAAGGAGGCGAUGAAACGCAGCGUUGUAGGAAUCUGGUCCUGUAAACGAUGCAAGAGGACAGUUGCUGGUGGUGCAUGGGUAUAUUCCACGACUGCCGCCGCCUCAGUAAGAUCAGCUGUACGUAGAUUGCGUGAAGUUAAAGAACAGUAAAUGUAUGUAAUAAAUAUCUUAACAAUUUA